GCGGCGGGAGGCGCCGGGGGCCCGGCCGGACCUCUGGGGCUGCUCUCGCCGGCGAGAUGGGGCUGGAGCCGCUGUUCCAGGCCUGGAGCUACUUCAGGCGGAGGAAGUUCCGGGAGUGCGCGGAUGUCUGCUCGCAGCUGCUGGAGAGGCCGCCCGGCGAGCAGGAGCUUGAUUCUGAAUACACUGUGUUUCAGGCUGCCUGGAACCUGAAAACACGAGCUUUGACAGAAAUGGUGUAUGUAGAUGAAAUUGAUAUGGAUCAAGAAGGAAUUGCAGAGAUGAUCCUGGAUGAAAAUGCCAUUGCUCAAGUUGCACGACCGGGAACAUCUUUGAAACUUCCUGGAACUAGCCAAGGUGGAGGCCCCAGCCCAGCUGUUAGGCCAAUAACUCAGUCAGGAAGACCUAUUACAGGAUUUGUGAGACCCAGCACACAAAGUGGACGGCCAAGUACCAUGGAGCAGGCGAUAAGAACGCCUCGAACAGCACUCACAGCUCGUCCAAUCACUAGUGCUUCCGGAGGAUUUGUCAGGCUGGGCACGGCUUCAAUGCUAACAAAUCCAGAUGGCCCUUUCAUAAAUCUGUCUCGACUGAAUUUAACAAAAUAUGCUCAGAAACCCAAACUGGCAAAGGCAUUGUUUGAAUAUAUCUUCCACCAUGAAAAUGAUGUAAAAAAUGCUCUAGAUUUGGCAGCCCUUGCCACUGAGCACGCACAAUUCAAGGACUGGUGGUGGAAAGUCCAAAUUGGAAAGUGCUACUAUAGGUUGGGAUUAUAUCGUGAAGCCGAAAAACAGUUUAAGUCAGCCCUUAAGCAGCAGGACAUGGUUGAUACGUUCUUGUAUUUGGCAAAAGUGUAUUUGCGUUUGGAUCAGCCUGUAACAGCUUUGAACCUUUUCAAGCAAGGGUUAGAGCGAUUUCCUGGAGAAGUGACUCUUAUUUGUGGAAUUGCCAGAAUCUACGAGGAAAUGAACAAUAUCUCCACAGCUGCAGAGUACUAUAAAGACGUCUUAAAACAAGACAAUACUCACGUGGAAGCCAUUGCAUGCAUUGGCAGCAACCAUUUUUAUUCAGACCAACCUGAGAUAGCUCUGCGGUUUUACAGACGGCUCCUGCAGAUGGGUGUUUAUAACUGCCAGCUCUUUAACAAUCUGGGCCUCUGUUGCUUCUAUGCCCAGCAAUAUGAUAUGACACUAUCUUCAUUUGAACGGGCACUGUUUUUGGCUGAAAAUGAGGAGGAGACAGCAGAUGUGUGGUACAACCUGGGACACGUGGCUGUGGGCAUAGGAGACCUGAAUCUGGCUUACCAGUGUUUCAAGCUAACAUUAGUCAACAAUAAUGACUAUGCAGAAGCUUACAACAACUUGGCCGUGCUGGAAAUGCGAAAAGGUCACACUGAACAGGCAAGAGCUUUGCUGCAGACUGCUUCAUCUUUAGCACCUCACAUGUAUGAGCCCCAUUUCAAUGUUGCCAUACUCUCAGAGAAGGUUGGAGAUCUUCAGAGAAGUUACACAGCAGCUCAGAAGUCUGAAGAAGCAUUUCCAGGCCAUGUUGAUACACAGCAGCUCAUCAAACAGUUAAAAGAGCACUUUGCUAUGCUCUGAUGAGCAAAUUUUUUAUUAUGUAAUAAGUUAGCCAGAGCAAAUGUCCCAUACACAUUUUGAAAUAACCAGCUCAAAGUAGAUGAACUAUAUUUAAUGCAUUCCUGUGGAAAAGCUUGUGUUACAUUGAGUAGCAAGAAAAGAUUGAGUUUCAAUUUUUUGUCAUUUUAAAAGAUAACACUUAUUCAAAUGCAGCUAGAAAACUUUCAACUAUGUACACAAGAGAUUACAGAAAAGGUUUUUUUUCUGACUUAUUCAGAAAAAAAUUAGUUUUAAUCAUUCCCGUGUGACAAUCUGUGAAGAAACUGAGUGAAAAUAAUUCAUAACUGGUUUUCAAGUUGGCUUUUGAUAGUAUACUUUCUUAUUGAAUGAUAGGUUUUAAAAUUAAAAUACUUUAAAAGCAUUUUAAAUGCAUAUGUAAAGCAAAAGUUCUUAUAUUCCUUAUAGUGUAUGAGUUUAAUAAAUUCACUUUCUAUGGUUUGUUUCAUUUGUUUAUGUAAGUUAAAUUACAUCCUUAUUACCAUGAAAAUCCAGGCUGAUAGUCUUAACAUUUUGAGAGACUUCUGAGAACUGGUACAAAAUUGCAUAAAUGCAUGUGUUCCUCUCCACCCAGGAGGGAGUUUAUUCUGGAUCUCAGUGAGGGAGAAGUGUAUUUAGAAGCUUGCAGAAUUAAGAACUAGUAGUUGAGAACAAGGCAUUGAUGGGGU